UAAAUUGUGUUUCAAUCCAUUAAAGACAUGAGAAUGUUGAAGUCAUUGGCAGUUAUUUUGUGCAGUUUUCUUGUUGUAACUGAAUGCAAUGCGAAUCUAGUAGAAGAAACAUGCAAGAAGACUCAAAAUUACAACCUUUGCAUUAAGUGUUUGAAUAGUGACCCUAGAAGCUCUACUUCAGAUCUGAAUGGGUUAGCAUUAAUCAUGGUUAAUACAAUCAAACUCAAAGCCCAAACAACCUUAAUAAAAAUCCGUCAAGUGAUUGAAACUAUUGGAGAUAAACUUACCCCUCCUCAAAAACAAACACUUAAUUCAUGUACUACUAAUUACAACACAAUUUUGAAUGUUGAUGUUCAUGAUGCCUACAUUGCUUUGCAACAAGGAAAUCCUAGAGCUGCAAAAGAUGGUGUAAAUGAUGCUGCAACUAAAGGAAGCACUUGUGAGAAUGACUUCUCAAGGAAAUUCCCCGAUGGAAUAGGAAUUCUUGGUGAUACGAUCAAAAUUAUGAAUGAUGUAGCAACCGUAGCAUCAAAUAUUAUUGGAUUUUUAACCCCUUAGCUAGUUUAAUAUUUUGACAUUUUUAUCUUACUUUUUUGACAUUUUUUUAUUACUUUGUUGUAAUAAACGUUCAAAAAAAUAUGUAGUAUUUGAAAAUGAUA